AUGGGCGCCGGCGCAGUGCCGGCGCCGUGGCCGGAGAAGCACGGGGCCAGCAGAGCGGAGGCGAGGCGCGCGACAGCGCAAGCAACCGUGGGGCCGCGAGCGGCGGCAGCCGCAGCUGCAGGCAGUGCUUGGGCGGCACGGUCGCAGGAUGGAUGGGAGGAGCACCGAGCGGUGUCGGAGCAGGGCGCGGACUGCGAGCACGCGAAGGGCAGCAACGAGCGGAGGCUAGGCGAGCGGGGCACGGGCGGUAGUUCGCGGCGUGGUCGUGUGCGCGUGGGGGAAGGGCGAGUAGCAGGCCGCGAGUGCGGGUGCAACAAGCAGCAGCAGGCGGGGCCGCGCACAGCAAGUCUCUUUGCCGCCGCCUCUCACCCCUCCUCCGCCUUUGUCUCUCUGUUUCUCCUCCACUCCCCACAAUUCCCCCAACCAAACACUUCCCUCCUCUCUCCUCAAGUCGCGCUGGCCGCCUCCCUGCCGCUGCCGCCGACGGAGAAAGCAAGCGCCGUCCCCUCCGCCAGCCCCUGCCGCCGGUCGAGAGGCGACAAAAUAUCGGAGCAUGUACUCGCGGCGGAGGCUGCUCUCGCUCCGGCAGCACACUCGCCUCGCCCCGGUAGGUCAUCUCGCCCCCGCGCCGCCUUCGAGGAACUUCAGCCUGCCCCGCGCGGCCGUCGGCGCGGCCUCCACCUCAGGUCCAGCCUGAUUCGAGCUUCCUGGACAGCCACAAGGCAUGCCAUGGCUGCCAUUGAGCAGAAUGCCCCUGGUGGCCGCAGCGGCGACAGAGUGCCGUCUCAGCGGACAAGGGAGUAUCAAGCGAGACAUCAUCAUCAACCCGAGCGAAGGUCACAGGUGCCGCGUGCUCCGACAUGGCAACCUACUGGCGCGCUACACACUGCAGGCAGUGGGAGGGCCGAGGAGACCCACCCUCCUGCACGAGGAUGCUCCAAGGAAAUUCAACCAAGCCUCUGAGCUCUUUGAUCCCAAGGCCUUCUUCCGAAGCUACUUGGUCUGCCGCGACACCAUCCAUCAGAUGCUCGCGCAGACGCUGUUCCUCAGGCGAGCGCUUCCCCGUGCCUCCACUCUCCACCUCUCAGGGGAUCCCCACGCCAGGUCUGUAGAGUUCAGUUUGGCGGUGGAAUACCUGUAGCAUGGUGGACCUGUUAGAUCGUGUGAUGCGCUCUGGGUAGCGUUACUGAGUGGAUGUAGUGUGAGAUUGCGAUGAUGCUGCCUUCAAUUGGUUGUGCGGAUGUACUAAGAGAUUUGGCCAUUUGAAUUGAGUUCUGAUUUUAAAUCUGUCUUGCGGGUAUUGUUCCUAUUGCAACUAAGGCUGUUACUACUCAUGUUUGCUAUCAUGACCAUUAACAAGAUGAGUGAAAUGAAUGAUUUUCUCUCACAGAUUCUAGUGA